CGGGUCUGCGGAGGUGUCUGUGUGUGCAGCGGAGGUAGUCUGCCUCAACAGUAGCGCCCGGCGCUGCCGUUCCCGGUCGACCAGCCCUUGACCUAUUGACCCGGCCUCGUCUGACCGGCAGCCGUGAAUAGCACGACCGCCGCGCCCCGCCGUCGCAGACUCCCCGGGGACGCUGCACAGCGUUAGCAAUGAAAUGGACCGUCGUUACUGCGCUGCUACUGGCAGUCAGCUGCCGAAGCUGCUUAUUCGAAGCAGCCCGGCAGCCCGGAGAUACCCAGAGGACCGGUUUAAGCUCGGGCCAAAAUCAUAGCACCAUUCCCAAUCGUUAUUUAGGUUUAGCGCCGGAAACCAAGCUAACUUUACACUCCCGUGUGAGCUGGAAAUCUAAUAUCACGGCUAUUAUUUCCUCGAAGCAUGCCUUCCAUAGUGUGCCUGCAGCGGGGUAUAUCUCAGGCGGACACUCGGAGCUAGCAAUUCGUCCGGCCACCCCCGUCCCCGGUCCCGGCCCCGGCGCCGGCGCCGGGAGGAUCGCCCGCUCCUACGUCUACAUGCCCAUGGACUCGACUGGAGCGGUGACCGACCCCACGGCCUGCCCCGCCCCCGAGCCGACCCCCGGCACCGGCGGCGGCAUGUCCGUGUUCGGCUUCCUCAGCUUCAUGGUCGUCAUCGCCAACGUCGUCAUCAACCUCAUCAACAACGUCAACAACAAUAACAACAAUAACAACAACAAUAACAACAACAACGACAACAAUAAUAACAACCUCAACACGAACCAGGCGGAUAACAUGAAUAUGAACGAGAACAUGAUCGGCAGAUCGCUCCGCUGCGCCUGCCGACCUCAGAUGGCGUCACGGUCACGUGUUCUGGUGCAGCUGCUGAAGAGCUGUGUCAGCUGGUUUGUGUGCCGGUCUGCAGCUGCCGCGGCUGACCAAACAGGACUCAACAGGGCCGCGCAACUGGCCAUCAGCGUGGGAGCCGGUGCUGCCGCCUAUUCCUGGCUCCUUGGAACCGCGGAGCUUAGCUCAGUGAGCUCUGCCGCGGAGCUCGGAAUGAGCUCCCGCCCGGUCUGCGCUGGCCUGUUCAAUAAUGGUGUCUGAUGUGGCUCUCAGACACGCACUCUGCUCUGCCAGUCGUGACCUGCUGUCAUAUCACUGAUACUACUCGUCACAGCCUGCCAAAGCGUGCCUCCCGUAUACGGUACCGAGUAUUCAACACAUGACUGAUGACAUGCAUUUUGAGGAAGAUAAAUCGUAAUCAU